UUCAUGUUUGGGAUUCAGGAAAGCAUCCAGCGGAGUGGGAGCAGCAUGAAGGAAGAGCCCCUCGGCGCGGGGAUGAACGCGGUGCGGACGUGGAUGCAGGGAGCCGGCGUCCUGGACGCCAGCACGGCCGCUCAGAGGAAGGAGUUUUCAAAACUCUGUUCGCUGCUGAUGGAGGCUGAUGAUUUCCGAAUGACACUUUCCUCCUCCGAUAAGCAGCGAGUUUCUCGCAGAGGUGGGGACGUGCUGCGAUCGCUUGCGUGUCCUCGGCCAAGAGGCUCACGCCAGGCGCCCUGCCGUGGAGGGCAACGCGCUGUCCCGGCGCCCACGCACACGUUGUGUCAGCCGUGGGGCACGGGGCUGCCCAGGGAUCCUGCUGAGGGUUUUGUCCCCACCGUGUGUCCCACGGCAGAUCCCGCGUGUGGAUACGAAGCGUCUGGGUGCUCUCCCGCACGGCGAGCCGUCCAUGCGCAGCCGGGCUGCGGGAAUAAGGAGCGGGAAAUGCUCGUGGGAUUGGUCCCAAGCGGCAUCGUAGCGAGUCGUGGGCAGGAUAACGGGCUUGGCCCUUGGUGGCAGCCGCAGAGAAGCGCUGAGUCAAUGCUGCAGAGAAGCUUGAGGGAGGGUCGAGGGCUGCUGGGCUCUCUUGCUGGCACUCGUCGUAGCCGGCGCUCGGCUUUGCACACCUGUUUGCACGACGAAACUGGGCAACGGGAAUGGGAGCUGGGGCCGAGCCGCUCAGAAAGGAACUCAGUGGUGGCUUACGCUUCCCAGAAUUUCCUAGACGUUCCCGGAGAAGGAAGAUGCGUGGGAGAAUUCCCGCUUUUGGGAAAUGACGAUGCGUGCGGCGCGACGCGAGGCCGUCGCGCAGACAGGGUCUGGGGCGCGUCGUGCGUGCGAAGGAGGGAUCGCUGA